AUGUCUCUCCGUACCGCAAUCAGACGCACAUCUCCGCCGCUGAGCUGGGUCUCGCGGACACCUACCACAGCGAUAAUGCCCCUCCGCGCAAAGAUCGCGAAUUCCGCCUGGAUGACCGGCAGCCGGGCUUACUCCACUCCCACAGAAAACAUCCUGGCGCCCCAGCCCGAAGACGAACCCGACGAUGUCCUCUUCACCACCAACUCGGGCGUCCGCAGCAUCGAGCUGAACAGACCCAAGAAGCUCAACUCCCUGAACGGCAGCAUGGCACGUAAAAUCAUUCCCCGCCUACAGGAAUGGUCGCGCUCCGAGCUCGCCGGCGUGGUCGUCAUCAAGGGCGCAGGCCGCGCAUUUUGCGCUGGCGGAGAUGUCGCGGCGCUCGCGCUGUGGAACAAGACGGGGAAGGAGGGACAACAGAAGUCGGCAGACUACUUCGGACUCGAAUACAAACUCGACCACCUGAUCGCUACGUACUCGAAACCCUAUGUCGCCUUCAUGGACGGCAUCACCAUGGGCGGCGGCGUUGGCCUGAGCAUCCACGCUCCCUUCCGCAUCGCGACUGAGAACACCCUCUUUGCCAUGCCCGAGACCACCAUUGGCUUCUUCCCCGACGUCGGCGCCUCCUUCUUCCUCCCCCGCAUGGAGGGCGCGCUGGGUACAUACCUGGCGCUCACGUCCGAGCAGCUGAAAGGGGUAGACGUCUUCUACCACGGCGUAGCCACGCACUACAUCCACUCAUCCUCUCUCCCGGCGCUCGAAACCCGCCUCGGCGAACUCCAAUUCCCAGACUACAUGUCCCUGCAGAAGCGCUUCAAAAUCAUCAACUCCACCAUCGAAGAGUACGCCAGCGGCCUCCCCUCCCCGCGCCCCGCCAUCUCCGGUGAACUCCGCCGCACCAUCGACUCCAUCUUCCACAAAGACCAAACCUCCAUCGCAUCCAUCCUCUCCGCCCUCGAAUCCGCCAAAUCCUCAGAUAAAUCCUCCCAGGAGAUCAAGGCCUGGGCAGACAAGACCAUCAAGACGCUUCACACCCGCUCCCCGACCGCCGUUGCAGUGACCCUGCACCAGAUGCGCGUCGGCCGUGAGUGGAGCAUCGCGCAGACGUUCCAGCGCGAAUACGACAUCGCGGCGCAUUUUAUGCAGCACCCGGAUUUCGUCGAGGGCGUGACUGCACGGUUGAUUGAGCGCAAGAAGGAGAGGCCAAAUUGGCAGCCGAAUACCCUGGAGGAGGUCAAAGAUAGCGACGUGGCCGAGUUCUUUAAGCAGAGGACGCAGUUGCCGUUGAUUAGUGACAAGGAUUAUAAGGAGUAUCCGCAUCAGUGGAUUGGGUUGCCCAGGGAGGACGAGAUUUUGAGGGAGGCUGCCGGGAGGAAGAGCGAGGAGGUGGCGAAUGUGUUGUUGGAGAAGUACGAGGGGAAGCAGGGCGUGAGGGAGAAGGUGGCGGAGGUGUUGGAGAGGUAUGGACAAUAGAUACUUCGAAGGAGUUGGGUAGUGGAUGUAAGUUUGGAGUGUAGAAAUAGAAGGACAGCCACAUUUUCAAUAUGUAUAUAUUGAUUGCUAUGCUAUGACGGUCUCCACGGGAGUGAACUUGCACUCUGCGAAGGAAUG